UGAUAUUGGGUAAUGGCCUCCUGGAAGGUUGAAGAGGUUAAAAAUGAAAAGAUUCACAAUCUUCAUAUAUUUCUGCCUAGGAGUACUGUUCUCUAAUCAUUAAUAAAUUAUAAUAUAAACAUCUUCUUACUGUCAUGGAAUAUGCCUGAGGAGAUCGACUUUACCGAACAAGGUCCCAGUCAUUGAAGAGGCAGAGGAUUAAUAUUGGGUAGGUAAAUAACUGGAAAACAUUGUGACUAAAGUCCCCAUAGCAAUAUGAAUCAAGUAUGAGUAUACUCAGAGGAUAAGAAAUCUUAAAAUCAGGGCCAGUUGCUUGGUGUGGAGGUGGUGUUUUUAUUGUCAGAUCUUGAAAGAUACCCAGUAGUUUGUCAGGCAAAGGGGACAGUGUUCACAAAUGAGACUUGCAUAAUGUAUUUAAGAAACUAUAAUUAAGUCAACAUAAUGAAGUGUGUACUCUUUGGCAUAGCAACAAGAAAUGUGGCUGGAAGCUGGACAAGAAAGAGAUUCAGAAUUGCCUUUCAUACUCUGCUAGAUAUAUUGGACUUGAUUGAAAGUUUUGAAUUAGGGGAAUAAUGGAAUCUUAUUUGUACUGUGGUAUGUGCUGGCUGCCAAUGCAUGUACCUGUGAGCAUACAACUCUUUGCCUAUAACAGAGAUGUUGCUAUGAGGACAGAUUCAUCAAAAAUGACUGAUGUGGAGUCUGUGGUCACCAAUUUUGCAUCUUCAGCGAGGACAGGCCGCCGCAAUGCCUUACCAGACAUCCAGAGUUCAGCUGCCACUGGCGGAACCUCUGAUUUGCCCCUCAAACUGGAGGCCCUCUCCAUGAAAGAAGAUGAAAAAAAGAAAGAUGAAGAAACAACCAAAGACCAAUUGGAAAAUCCCCCAAAUGAAGAAAAAUGAAGGCUGAUAACUAAGAGUGCUGAAUUUAUGCACGUUGAAAGACUUAGUGAAUAUGUUUUCCUGAGAUGUUUGAUCUGGUGGUAACUGUGGUGACAUGUGUCAUUAGAUAAUUUUGUUGUGGCGCUAUUCAUCUGGAUUGCAACCAUGAUGUCCAAUGUAGGUUAUUAAAUGGUAGGUUACUUACAAAUUGCAUCCAAGGGGAAAGUUAAGAAAGUAUGAGCACUUAAAUACAUAUCAUUGUCUGUAAACCCAACAAAAUUCACUGUCCUCUCACAGAUUUAUUUAGCCAGAUAUAUAUUAAAUUCCAUUUUUAUGGGGAUAGAGAAGAGGUUUAUUGACAAGUACAAACCAAACACUAUUAUUUUAAAACUUUGUAGACUUUGUAGGAAAUUAUAUUUUGGGGAUAAGAAGGAAUAAUAGUAAAAAAUCACAUAGAUGGAGUAUGUUUAUUUUUAAUCAAAAUUGUACCAGAUUUUUCCCCACCUUAAAAAAAUUUUUGAAAAUAUUGUAAAAGUUUAACAAUAUAAGCAUUUAUAGGAUGUUUUUGUCUGAUAUUUUGCGUCUAUUCUGUGCACACUGUGAUUUUUCAUGUGAAUCCUUAGAAUGUAACAUUUGUGACAAAUUGUUUAUAUGGAACACGCCUAUUAAAUGAAUUUCACUCUCUUCUUUAACUAUGAUAUAUGUACAUGUGUGUAUAUUUUAUUUUAAUGUGAGUUAUAUUAAAUCCUUUACUAGUCUCUUUACAAUGUCUUUUAUUAUUCUUAGGGCUUUUGUGUAUGUAUUAUAUCUAAAUUUCCUCAGGAAUGCAGAUCUUACUUUUGAUAUCUUUCCUAAAGUAGCUUAACAAAACAGUAAACACUUAAGUAUUUGAUCAAUAAUCUAAGUGGAGAUAGCAAAACACAUGCUUUUAACAUGUAUUUAAGCACAUAUUUUAAAAGGAUCAAAAACAAACCAAAGCAUUAGUAAGUUUUGAUUUAUUAAGUAUUUUAUGAAAAUAAUAGACUUCUGGUUUUUAAAAAUGUUGAUUUAAAUUAAUUUAUUUUCAUUUUCAGAUACAAGGCAUGCAAUUAUAAUUUGUGGACUUAAUCUGUAUAUGUUAAGAAAAUAAACUCUUUCACUAAAGAA